UAUCCAAAAUGAGCAGCAAAGACGAUACAAUCGAAGUUGUGGAGUCCACGCAAGUCGAUGAAGCUGAGAGCAUGGACACAUCUUGUAUCAGCAUCAGCGACUGCAGCAACAAGGAGAAUGAGGCACCAUUGGAGGAAAGUUCCAGUGACGAUUUUGUGUCGAGCUCCCGCAUUUCCCUGCUAGAGUCUGUUUGCAAUGGCAAGCAGUCGAAGCAGGAUAUUUGCGAAAGCUGGAUAAGGCUAUAUAGGCAUGCGCCAGUAGCGGCUCUAGUGAAGUUUAUGCAGUUCGUCCUGGAGGCGAGUGGCAGUCAGUAUCAAAUGCCCAGCGGAAAAGAACUCCCGGUUAACUAUAGCGAGGUCCUCAUAGCGGCAACAGCCCGUUUUGGUAAUAAGAGGUUGUCUUAUCCGUUGGUCAUAAGAACUGGCAAGUGUUACGCUCGUAAUAUUGGCCAAUUUGUGCAGUGCCUGAUGGGCCUCUGUCAUAACGCUGGCCUCCUUUUCGAUGAUAUGCUUUCGAAGAAUAUAAUUGCCUUUCUCCUGGUCUGUGUGGACUCGAAGGUGCGAGCUUUUAGGCACACCUCCACGCUGAUUGCUCUCAAGAUGAUGACCACGCUGAGCGACAUAGUGAGCGUGGAGACGAAGCAGCUUAAGGAUAUGUGGUCGAAGCUCUUUGAGGGUGUCUUCUUGGAGCGCUCCAUCGAUGUGGUCGACGAGAUACGUUAUCUGUGCCUCUCCGAGUGUGGCUUGUGGCUGGAGAAGUAUCCGCAACGUUGUCUGAUUGCGGACUAUGUGAAGCAUCUGUUCCUUGCGCUGCAGGAUAACGCGGCGAAGGUGGUUGAAUGCUGCCUAAUGUCGCUGCUCAAGCUCUACAAGAAUCCGGAGCUGCGCGCUGCUUGCCUUGAGCUGGGCUUCACGUAUAGGAUUACCCUGCUGGGACUGACGAUGAGCGCAGAGAGCGAAUUAGGACAGAUGGCCAUCGAGCUACUGGGGCUCUUCUAUAAGGCCAAUCCUUUGAUGCUCGACGAGUCCAUGCUGCAGGUGAUCGAGCAGCUGGUCUUUGCAGCGCACCGGGGCGUGGCACAGGCAGCCGCGGAUGUGGUGCCCUAUCGCUAUAAGGAGACGACUUCAAGAGAGGAGGCUAUACUGAUUCUGGCAAGGUUCUUCAUUCGAUUCGAGGAGCAUGAACAUGCAGCCUAUCUAGUUGAUGCCUACUAUGGACGCAAUGAUAUUGUUCUAGAUUGGUCUAAAAUGGUCUCUAUGCUUCUCCUGCCGGAGUCCUUGGAUCGCGCCGAGUGCUCGGCCAUCAUUGAGAUUCUCACGCGUUCCAUCAAGCAGGCCGUAACUGGGGAGAUUCCACCUGGCCGCUACGCGGAGGAGCUGGUGCGCGAAGCCCAGCCGAAUGCCAAGAAAAAAGCUACCGCAGUCCUCUUAAGUAAGUUGGCCAAGCUUUUAAAGCAGUACCGCGACUCGAAUCCGGAUCUGACCAAUCUGCUAGAGCUGCCGCAGUUUAUGUCGCUGCAGCAUAAACCGUUCGGCGAGCUGCUCGAGCACAUCAAGGACAUUAUGUUCGAGCAUCAGGAUAAUGCGGUGCUGCAAAUGGGCGCCAUGACUCUGAAGCAUUUGUACAGCCUAAACGUGAGCCACGGCAACCAUCGGAAGGAGCUGCUGAACAGUGCUGUGACGAACUACAUGAUCGCAACCACUGCCUGGGAUCUGUCCAUUGCGGGCAACUCCCGCGUGCCCAUGAAGGAUAAUGCCAAACGUCUGCUUGAUACGCUUCGGCUGCUGUCCACGCUCUACGCACGCUUCGAUCUAAACGAAUGGCAGCUGACCGAUAAUGCUCUGGUCAAGCUGCAGAACGCAGUGGACGACUGGGGCAACGGGAAACAAGAUAGCGAAUCUUGCCUGUCGGCCGAGUCCAUUUCCUUUUAUUUGACUACUAUAUACGUAUCUUUCUCCUGGGAUUUGAUGCGGCUGAAGGAGGCUGCCAGGGCAGGCAAGGAUGUGUCGGCAGAGUGUCGCAAUUUGCGUCGACGCUUGGACAACUUUCUAUCUGUUUGCUUUCAGCUAAUCGAGCAGGGCUCCCUGAUCCAAAUGGAAUGCGAUGCCUUCACCUACGCAUGCGACAUUUUUGUUCUCUUUUCGGACUCGCUGCGCCGAAGCAACAGCACCCCAAUCCGUUCCCUGGAGUGCAAAUCAAACAUCAACGAUUAUGAGCUGAUCGAAAGCUUCGUGCUCCGCUUUGUCUUUGAUGGCGGCAUCGCUGAGCUGCUGCCAGCGGAGGUGUUCUCACUCCUGCAGAGCAAGCGGCGCCUCCUGGCCAGCUACUGUAAGCUGGUCUUCAACAAUGUGAUGCCAGUAAUGCGCGCCUGCAUUGUGCUGCAGUACUACGACAGUUUCUAUCCGGUCUUUGGCGACAUUAUGCGCUCCACGCUGGAGCGCUGCCUGUCCGUGAAUCCCACGAACUUCGGCAUGACCCUCAUGCAUACCUGUCUAUUGGUCUACAAGCGCGUCCGUCUCGCCUUUCCCGAUCCUCAGCUGGCUGCUUCUUCCUCGGACUUUGCUGAUCUCCUAAAGCUGGCGAAUGUGCUGGCGGAGAUCUUUAAUACCAAGCAGCUGGAGGUGCGCUCCGGAGUGCUUGUGCUGCAUCGCGCUGGCAUUCGAUUUGCUGCGGAGGCCGUGUCCGCUGAUGACACGCGUCCUCCAAAAGAUCUGCUCUUUUUGACUGUCAUACAGCAGUUUGUACCUCAGCUGCUCGCUCAGGAUAUGAUGGACGUACUAAAAUCCUUGGAGCUUUUCGAUCAUGGGACUUUGCCUCAGAGCCAGACUAACGACUGGCUGCCACUGCUCACCUAUCGCAAUGCCCUGGAACUGGCUCUAAUGCAGAGCUGCCGACGGGAUGAUCUAUAUAAUCUACCUAGUAAUGUGGUGGACUAAAUGGACUCCUUACAUGGCAUUGCGAAGGCUAUACGGAUAACAAUGUACAGAUCAAAUAACGAAA